CCCCCCCCCCCCCCCUUCUCUCUCCACAAUUUACAAACACAGUUGCACAGAGCCCCCACUGCAAACAACAAAAACAGAACAGAGCCUGACAAUUAAGCUACCAUUCCUGCCUUCUCGCUUGCCUAUCUUUAUGUCGCUGCCAGUUCUCCUGUCUUUAAUUUAAUCUCAAGCUUAACCCUCUCCUAAUAUUCGUUAAAAAUGGUGGCACCACUUCGUGACUUAUCAUUAGUGAACCACUGCCCCUCCGUUUCACCUUCUCCUUUACUUUUUCUUUUCGCCAACAGUAAUUUCCGGCAAAAACACCAUGUGGGUUCUUCGUUUUGGGGUAAAAAGUCCCUUCAAUUGCUCAAAUCCGAGGCAAAAACUUCGAAACUUGGAGGUUGUAGAAAGCGGAGAAUGCGGGCGAUGGCUUCGUUAGGCGGUUUACUUGGGGGGAUUUUCAAGGGAACUGACAGUGGAGAGUCAACGAGGCAGCAGUAUGCAGCAACUGUGGACAUGAUCAAUAGAUUAGAACACGAGAUUUCGGCAUUGUCGGAUUCCGAUUUGAGGGAGAAGACUACUAUUUUGAAGGACCGUGUUCAGCAAGGCGAGUCGUUGGAUUCUCUUUUGCCCGAGGCGUUUGCAGUUGUUAGAGAAGCCUCGAAGAGGGUUCUACGCCUUCGUCCGUUUGAUGUGCAACUAAUAGGUGGCAUGGUUCUUCAUAAAGGAGAAAUAUCUGAAAUGAGAACUGGUGAAGGAAAGACCCUUGUUGCUAUUUUACCAGCUUACUUGAAUGCCUUAAGUGGCAAAGGAGUUCAUGUGGUUACGGUCAAUGAUUAUCUGGCCCGAAGAGAUUGUGAGUGGGUUGGGCAAGUUCCCCGCUUUCUAGGAUUGAAGGUUGGCCUAAUCCAACAGAAUAUGACAAGUGAACAAAGAAGGGAAAACUACUUGUGCGACAUUACAUAUGUUACUAACAGUGAGCUUGGUUUUGAUUACUUGAGAGACAAUCUUGCCACGAGUGUCGAUGAGCUUGUCUUGAGGAAUUUCAAUUACUGCAUCAUUGACGAGGUUGAUUCCAUCCUUAUUGAUGAAGCAAGAACUCCUCUUAUAAUCUCUGGACCUGCAGAAAAACCUAGUGACCGUUAUUAUAAAGCUGCAAAAAUAGCAGCAGCCUUUGAGCGAGAUAUACAUUACACGGUGGAUGAAAAGCAAAAAACGGUUCUACUUACGGAACAAGGUUAUGAGGAUGCAGAAGAAAUUCUAGAUGUAAAAGAUUUAUAUGAUCCCCGAGAACAGUGGGCUUCAUAUGUUCUCAAUGCCAUUAAAGCAAAAGAACUAUUUCUUAGAGAUGUAAACUAUAUCAUCAGGGGCAAGGAGGUGCUUAUUGUGGAUGAGUUCACUGGACGAGUUAUGCAGGGGAGGCGAUGGAGUGAUGGACUUCACCAAGCAGUUGAAGCAAAAGAAGGUUUGCCUAUUCAGAAUGAAACUAUAACUCUGGCAUCAAUUAGCUAUCAGAACUUCUUUCUCCAGAUGAGGAAAAUUUGUCAUUCUUGUCUGGAUUUUGGAAGCCCGAUUCAUGUGAGCUGUAUAUUUCAACCUUUAUGCUUGAUGCAUAAAUUGUUAUAGUGAUGCAGUUGUCAAGUUCCUCACCAUCUUUACUCUUUUCAGGAUGAGUCUGAUGUAGUCUUCAGGGCUGCUACAGGAAAAUGGCGAGCAGUUGUUGUAGAAAUUUCUAGAAUGUACAAAGCAGGUCGCCCAGUGCUUGUGGGUACAACAAGUGUCGAGCAGAGUGACUCGUUGUCAGAACAGUUGCGAGAAGCUGGGAUCCCCCAUGAGGUUCUCAAUGCAAAACCUGAGAAUGUGGAGAGAGAAGCAGAAAUUGUAGGACAGAGUGGUCGUCUGGGGGCAGUGACCAUUGCUACCAAUAUGGCUGGUCGUGGGACAGAUAUAAUCCUUGGUGGCAAUGCAGAAUUUAUGGCAAGGUUGAAGCUCCGUGAGAUACUAAUGCCAAGGGUUGUUAAGCCAGUUGAUGGAGCCUUUGUAUCAGUGAAGAAGCCUCCUCCUAAGAAGACAUGGAGGGUGAGUGAAAGUUUAUUUCCUUGCAAACUAUCAAAUAAGAAUGCCAAGCUGGCUGAGGAAGCUGUAGACUUGGCUGUCAAAAGCUGGGGUCAGAUGUCACUAACUGAGCUUGAAGCAGAGGAACGUCUAUCGUAUUCUUGUGAAAAGAGUCCUGCUCAGGACAAAGUAAUAUCCAAAUUACGGAGUGUCUUUCUGGAAAUUGUUCGUGAAUAUAAAGUCUACACUGAGGAAGAAAGGAAGAAGGUCGUGGCAGCUGGUGGACUCCAUGUUGUAGGGACUGAGCGCCAUGAAUCUCGAAGAAUAGACAAUCAGCUGCGUGGCCGAAGUGGGCGCCAAGGAGAUCCUGGUAGUUCCCGCUUUUUCCUCAGUCUUGAAGAUAACAUUUUUCGGAUUUUUGGGGGAGAUCGAAUUCAGGGUUUGAUGAGAGCUUUUAGAGUCGAAGACCUACCCAUUGAAUCCAAGAUGCUUACUAAAGCACUAGACGAGGCUCAGCGGAAAGUUGAGAAUUACUUUUUUGACAUCCGAAAGCAAUUGUUCGAGUAUGAUGACGUCCUUAAUAGCCAAAGGGACCGUGUUUAUACAGAGAGAAGGCGAGCCCUUGAAUCUGACGACCUUCAGUCUCUUAUUAUUGAAUAUGCUGAAUUGACCAUGGAUGAUAUUUUAGAGGCAAACAUUGGUCCUGAUGCUCCAAAAGAAAGCUGGGAUCUUGAAAAGCUUAUUGCAAAACUCCAGCAGUACUGCUAUCUGUUAACUGAUUUGACCUCAGAUUUGCUAAGAAGCCAGUGUUCAAACUAUGAGGAGUUGCAGGAUAAUCUUCGCCUUCGUGGCCGUGAAGCAUACUUGCAAAAAAGAGACAUUGUGGAGAAACAAGCACCAGGCUUAAUGAAGGAAGCGGAGAGGUUCUUAAUUUUGAGCAACAUUGAUCGGUUGUGGAAGGAACAUCUGCAAGCACUUAAGUUUGUACAGCAAGCUGUUAGCUUACGUGGCUAUGCACAGAGAGACCCACUUAUCGAAUAUAAGCUUGAGGGCUAUAAUCUCUUCUUGGAGAUGAUGGCACAAAUCAGAAGAAAUGUCAUAUACUCAAUAUAUCAGUUUCAACCAAUGCUAGUAAAGAAUGAUAAGGAAGAAACUCAGAGUGAGAAAUCUGGCAAGCUAGUUAGUAAUGGAAGGGGUGGUAAGAAGAAUCCUAAUCCAGUUGGUGCUGCUGAGCCAUCUGCAUCAGCUGCCAGCCCUCAAGCCAGUGCAUAGAACUUGUGACAAGGAAGGGGUUUGCGAAAAAUCGUAAGGGGUUCAAAUACUUUGGGUUGUUGACUAUGCAAUGCCUUGCAAAUUACAUAAUCAUUUGUCAAGAGAUGGAAUUUUGGUAGUUGUAAACUAUGUGGAUAUAGGAUAAGUCUCUCCUACUUGUAUCAUAAGUGAACCACACCACUGAAAUUAUUAUAUGGAGUACAAUUCAUGUAAUUCAACCAAAUGCCACAGUAGCAUGUGAAGCUUUUAGAGGAAUAACGAAGGCAUUGAGGUUUCUGUAAA